AUGGGUUCUCACAAAACCAUGAAUCUUGAUAGAGUUUUUACUCUUCUAAUAUUGUUUUUCAUAUUUUCUUUGCUACAUGGAGCCAGUGCAAACACCAAGCAUUACAUUGUUUACGUGGGGCGUCAUUCGCACCCCAAUUCCGAAGCUGUCAUUAGCGCAAACCAUAAGAUUCUUGCUUCGGUUGUUGGAAGUGUUGACGAAGCACAAGCAGCAGCACUUCACCAUUACAGUAAAAGCUUCCAAGGCUUCUCAGCCAAGCUCACAUCAGAGCAAGCUAAAAAACUUGCAGAAUUUGAUUCUGUGGUUUCUGUUUUCGAAAGCAAGAUGCAACGGUUGCAUACAACUCAUUCCUGGGAUUUUCUAGCCAUAGACUCUGUCCACCAGUAUAACCAACUGCCGAUUGACGCAAAAUCUAAUGUCAUCGUCGGUGUUAUUGAUGGCGGAGUAUGGCCAGAUUCGGAGAGCUUCUGUGACGAAGGGUUGGGCCCCGUGCCUGAGAAAUUCAAGGGAGAAUGUAUUACUGGUGAGAAUUUUACACUGGCCAACUGCAACAGAAAAAUAAUAGGUGCCAGGUUCUACUCUAAAGGAUUUGAAGCAGAGAAUGGUCCUCUCGAAUCUUCUGGCAGGAUUUUCUUUCGAUCACCUCGAGAUAGUGAUGGUCAUGGAACCCACACUGCCUCAACAAUAGCAGGAUCUGUGGUACCUAACGUAAGCUUGUUUGGAAUAGCUGCAGGCACCGCGAGAGGGGGUGCUUCGAGUGCGAGGCUUUCUAUUUACAAGGCAUGCUGGUUUAACCUGUGCAGCGACGCGGACAUUCUCGCUGCUCUGGAUGAUGCCAUUCAUGAUGGUGUGGAUAUAGUCUCCCUUUCACUGGGCCCUGACCCUCCCCAGCCAAAUUACUUUGAAGAUGCAAUGUCCAUUGGAACGUUCCACGCGUUCGAUAAUGGAGUUUUUGUCUCUGCUUCUGCUGGAAACUCCUUUUUCCCGAGCACUGCCAGCAAUGUUGCUCCUUGGAUCCUCACAGUUGCUGCAAGCACUGUGGAUAGGGAAUUCCCUACUAAUGUGUAUCUUGGGAAUUCCAGAGUUUUAAAGGGUUCAUCUUUAAACCCGCUGAGGAUGGAAGGCUAUUUCGGUUUGAUAGCUGGAAGUGCUGCAGCUGCCAAAGGAGUCCCAAGUGAGAAUGCCAGCGUUUGCAAGAACAAUACUCUAGAUAGCAGCUUAAUCAAGGGGAAAAUCGUCGUGUGCACACUUGAGGCCAUUUCUGAUAACCGAACAGAGAAAAGCGUAAUCGUAAGACAAGGUGGCGGAGUUGGAAUGAUUCUUGUGGACCCUUUGUUAAAAGAUGUUGGCUUUCAGUUUGUCAUACCCAGCACUAUAAUUGGUCAAGAAGAAGCAGAAGAGCUGCAAAAAUAUAUCAAGAAAGCAAAGAAUCCAACAGCUAGAAUCUCCCUGACGAAAACAAUUCUCUACACUAAACCAGCACCAGAAGUGGCAGUCUUUUCUUCUGCAGGACCAAAUAUCAUAACCCCAGACAUUAUCAAACCUGAUAUUACAGGACCGGGAGUGAAUAUUUUGGCAGCAUGGUCUCCGGUUGCAACUAUAGGUACCGGUGGGAGGUCUGUCGAUUACAACAUAAUCUCCGGCACCUCCAUGUCUUGCCCACAUGCGUCGGCAAUUGCAGCAAUUCUAAAAUCCUACCAUCCUUCAUGGAGUCCUGCAGCCAUAAAGUCUGCAAUAAUGACAACAGCAACUGUCCUAGAUAACACCAAGCGGCCCAUCAGGCGAGAUCCAAAUGGCACAGUGGCCACACCUUUCGAUUUUGGAUCCGGACAUGUAAACCCGGUUGCAGCAGUAGAUCCAGGACUCAUAUAUGACUUUGAUACUCAUGACAUUAUCAACUUUCUCUGUAGCACUGGUGCAAGCCCUUUGCAAUUUAAAAACCUCACGGGCAAACCAAUCAAUUGCAAGACCCCUCCUAUACCUUCCUGCAACUUUAACUAUCCCUCCAUUGGUGUGUCUAGUCUCAAUGGAAGCUUAUCUGUUUACAGAACUGUUACUUAUUACGGCAACGGUCCAACAGUAUACGUCCCUUACGUCGAUUUCCCAACUGGUGUUAACAUUGCAGUUUACCCCAGUAAACUUAAGUUUUCAAAAACUUGGGAAAAGAAGACUUUCAGGGUUGAUCUCAGUCCCAUAAAAAGCAGCAAUGGAAGCUUUGUGUUUGGAGCUUUGACAUGGAGUAAUGGCAUUCAUAGAGUUAGGAGUCCUAUUGCUCUCAAUGUAGUUUGAUCAUGAGAAUCAAGUAUUUUCACGGCAAGUUUCAGAUAUUAAAUAAUAGAAGAUCAGAUAUAUCUUUUGUUUUGUCUACCAAAAACAGUAUACCAUGAAAUGACUGGAAAUUUAUCUUUGAUCAGAAUGUAAUGUUGUGACGCAUUUAGCAGAAAAUAUGACUGCAGAUGGAUUCUUUUGUCCAUCAUAAUUGAGAUUAAAUACUUCUUGAAGCUUU